AUGGCUGAACUACCUCAGGCCAGAUAUCAAGAGAGGCUUCUAGGGAACAGGUGGUCAUUGAUAGCGCGCCGCCUCCCCGGCCGGACCGACAACGAGAUCAAGAACUACUGGAAUGCGCACUUGAGGAAGAAGGCCAAGCUGAUGGAGAAACUCCCUGCUACAUACACAGCUUCCCUGGUCAAGAACUGGAGGACUGAAGCAGAAGAAGAAGAAGAAGAAGAUGAUGAUGAUGAUCAAGAUGAGGACGACGACGAUGGUGAUGAUCAAGAUGAUUAUGAUGACGACGAUAGAGGUAGGAAAGCAUCCUCGUCGUCGGCCAUGGAGGUGAGUCAGAACAAGCAGGAAAUGGUGAUGAUGAUGAUGGGAGGAGCAGAACAAGGUAGUGGGAGUGGAGAGGGAUUGCAAGCCUCCUCCGAUAAUGAAGAACUCUUCGAUUUUUCGAGACAAGGGACUUAUGGUUUGGAGUGGGUCAAGUGCUUUCUUGAGCUUGAGGAAGAAGAUGAAGAUGAAGAAGAUGAUGAUGAUAAUGACUAA